ACCGUUUCGCGGCCAAUGUCGGCGUCGCCUCGAACCAAGUCUCAUGCGCUGCGCUGCGCCGUGUCGCCGUCCCGUCCGCCGAGCAUGGACACCGAGAACGGUAGUAGCGCGGGUCUCCACCCGCUGCUGCGGCCCGUACUGCGGGCCAAGCAGAAAAUCGUGCCGCAGCGACCGCCGCUCAAACCAGCGCUCGGUUGCGAAGUGCCCAAGCCUGCGAGCCGCGGCGAAGGUGACGCGCAGCGGCCUCGGAGCAGCAACGACACAUCCAACCAAGGCCGGCCACGCUCGUCCGGCCCCGAGGCAUGCGACGUGCUGGACAGUGCACCGCGCGUCGACGCAUUAAGCGAGAGUCCACGACCACUCCUUGCCAGCGACUUGUAUUUUGAGCUCGUUAAACAGGAGGAGAGCAAGCGCAUGUCGCCACGGGUUGCCCGCCAGCACAACCGGCACUUGUACCAUGACAAGAUGCAGGCCAAGUACAGUGAGAUGCGCGUGCUUCGAGCGCGCAUCAAGCAGCUCGAGACCGACUUGCAGAGUGGGCAGACGACGACGACAGUAGGCGGUAGUGACGCCGAAGGAAGCCAGGCCAACGAUGCCAAUGCACCGUCGCCCGAAAAGCCGACCGACGCGCAUUUGCCGGUGCCGCGCGACCGCGUACUCAAGCUCGAGCGGCACUUGCUCGAAGCCAAAGACGAGAUCCAAGCGAUGCGACUCAAAUUAGACUCGGGGCGCACGAACGACAAGGCACUCAUCGAUACGCUCGUGGCCAAACUCGACCUCGAGCGCGCGGCCAACAAGAUGCUCGGUCAGAAAGUAUUUGAGCUCGAGGCGGCGCUCAAGGUGGCCGUCACAAAGCUCACGGGCGUCGAGCUCGAGCUGCAAUCGGAGCGCUUGGAACGCGACGUGAUGAUCGAGCAGCUCACGAGCAUGUCGCGUCAAGCCAUUUCGGACCACCGGCGCAAGGUCAUCAACACCAAAGUGAAAGGGCUCGUCUCCGCCAUUGGCAAGGAGUCACUGCACGUCAAGCUCGACGCGACGUCGGCCCAGCUCGAGAAAGUCGAGGGCUUGUUGCAACAAAUGGAGCUCGAGGCCAUGAGGUGGAAGCGCGAAGCAAUGCAAAAGCAAGCUGCGCUGGACGAGUACGCCAAGCGAGGUCUCGCGUCAACCAGCAUGGCGCUGACCCAAGGAUCGAUGCUCCACCAGGUCGACCCAGCGAUUGCCGAGCUGCUCGAACACGCGCAUGGGACGCCCGACGUGGUCUUCAACCGCGCGUUGGUCGUCGACGGACACUCGCUCUUCUUCCACGUGGUGCGUGGACCGAUCGCACACGGACUCGCCUUGCACUUUGUCGCGUACGAGCCGCGGACGGCGCAGGAAGACGUCCUCACGUUCUUCGCGCCGGAUAUUUCGCGGCUUCUCGUCGACGGUGACAAGUACCUUUUGCAGCCCUCGGAGCCGUCGCUCAUCGCAGAGCUCGUGGACCGGCUUUUCCUCACCCUCGCCGUCGGCUUCAAGAACGGCACGUUUGUGCUUGCUAUGCCAGUGACGACGACGCCCAUCUACCGCGGCUCGCUCCACCUGCAAGGCACGCCGUUGACCGUGGUCGUCAACGAAGUGUGUGCGAGCGCUUUCACGGACGUGUGGUCGCUCCAAGUGCGCGCGAGCUCGAUCGAGGACGAGCGCGAGUGGGUCUGCAGCAUCGCCAUGGAGCAAGUCCUUCGCGUGUGUCCGAGUCUUGUGAGCUACAAACCGAACGAGGCGCGGCAGUGGCGGCUGGCCCACAACAUCGAUGCCAACGCGCUCAUUUUAUCGCCGCUCUUCAAGACGCUCGUCUUGACACCGACGCCUGACGGACAUGGCGUGCUUGCCUCGACUCUGACAGGCACGACGCCUCUUGUGGACGAUACCAUCGCAGCCAACGCGCCAGCGACAACAAUAACGACGACGUUGCAGCCCCCCGCCCUCCACCCCAACGCCCCUUCCGCAGCCGAUCGGCCGCUAAUGCUGCGGACGCUUUUGACGCUGCGAGGCACGCUGUACUACCUCACACUACGCGAGCUCUGGGACGCUAGUGUCCUCUUGGACGUCUCGCUCUACGACUCGUUCACGGACAACAUUCUGCAAGCCACGUUCGAUGUGCGCGCGCUUGGCCCCGUGAUCCAGUGCGCGCUGGCCCUAACCCCCCUCCCCCACCCCCUGGGCCGCCUCGAGACGGGGAUUCCACCACCGCUACGCCCGGUCUUGGCCCAACUGCUUCCAUUGGCACUGGACCUGUCCCCAUCGACGCAGACCCUAACCCUGGCGCCCGCAACACUGGCCCGCAACGUGGCCUUGACCAACAAGGUGCUUCCAACGCACGUCGUGACAGUCUCUCUCUCCGAGACCGAGAUGGCACCGCUCGGUGUCCCGCUGCGCAUCGAGGUAUUGACGCACGACGCCUCCUUGGCCGACGCCGCGCUGGGUCGACUCCUCCCGCUCUUGCGCCGACACGGACCACCGAUCGCACAACGACUCUGCACGGGCGCCCAUGCCCUCGUGCGCCUGUAUGAACCAUCGGCGGUCUCGAGUACGCGCGACAAGCCGUCGUUCUACCACGUCCUUCGCGCGACAACGAUGGAUCGCGAGUGCACCUCUGCUUGGCUCGUCGUCCAGCGAGACAUACCGCUGGCCUUUGUCUUGGCCCUUUGGCGCCCCCGCCUCUGUAGCGAGUCGUAG